CUCUCGCUCAGCCUUGAAAUCUCCACCGACCGCGCCAUCCCUCGCUUCGCCCCUACUUAAAAUCUCCGAGCACCGCGCCUCUGCUUCGCCACGCAGAGAGCACACAGCAGCAACCCCUGAAGCAAGCAAGCAAGCGCGCCCGGCGUCAAGCUCAGGCUCAGGUGCGUGGCCACCGGGCAGCAGCAGCAGCAGCCAGAGCAGAGUGGGAUGCCGAUCGUGGGCGCGGAGUACUGCGACCCCGAGGAACGCGUCCUGACGGUGCGCAAGACCUCGCACUUCUCCCCCGGCGACGGCUUCGCGGCCUACGACGCCCGCACGGGCGGGCUCGCCUUCCGCGCCGACACCUACGGGCGGGGCCACGGCGGGGGCGCCGCGUCGGCGGGCGAGCUCGCGCUGCUGGGCCCGUCGGGGGAGCCGCUCCUCACCGUGCGGCGGCGGCGCCCGUCCCUGCACCAGCGAUGGGAGGGCUUCCUCGGCGCGCGCGCCGACGGCCAGAAGGCGCUCUUCUCGGCCCGCCGCCCGUCCAUCCUCGGCGGCGCCGCGGCCGGCGCCGUCAUCGAGCUCCUCCCGCCGCCGCGGGCCGCCGGGGCCGCCGCCCCCGAGCUGCUCCGCGUGGACGGGUCCUUCCCGCGCCGGUGCUGCCGCGUGGUGGCGGCGCCCAGGGCCGAGGGCGAGAAGGCCAAGGUGGUGGCGGAGAUCAGGCGGAAGGUGGACGAGGGCGCGCGCGUUGUCAUGGGCCGCGACGUGUUCGUCCUGCGGGUCAGCCCCGGCUUCGACGCGGCGUUCGCCAUGGGGAUCGUGCUCGUUCUCGACCAGAUCGCGGGCGACGAUGCCAGCAUCGACGCUGGAGCCGACGUCAUCGACGCCAAGAUUUGGUGACCUACCUACUGAUCGACCGCCCUAUGGGAUGGGGCUGUCCCAUCGCUUCUUGGUUUUGCUGUGUAUAGAGCCGCGAUCCGGCCUGUUUCCUUCUCCUUUGCACAUGAGCUUUGCUCCAGAGAACUGGCAAUGCAUAAUACAUGCUCGACUUUUGGUUUUUCUCUCUCCCAGUCGAUAACAGCAACCAGGAGUACGUACUGUCACUAGUAGCAGUCUGCCCUGGCAGAGCAACAGGACUCCGUAACAGAGCAAACCAACAUAGAAAUCAGCAUCAGUAUCUCUUGUUCGUCA